UCGGGUAGUUGGAGCUAUGUUUUGUAUUACACUACGGCUAGGGUUUUUUUGUUCUACAUAGCAACAGGCCAGGGCAUUCGUUUCGUCGAUUGUUAGCGAAUGAUCUUGUGUUAUAAUCAUACCAAGUUAAUCGAAGUGUUACAAAUUUUGAUAUCUGGAACAAACAUUGACUUGUGCUGUGAAAACGGAAUAACUUUAAAUUGUUUGUGAUAGGAAUGGCCCUAGUUUGUUAAAGACGUUUGAUAAGAAUAAAAGUGUUUAUUUAAACAUUUGACUGGAUAGUUAACAUAAGAAACUGUUUUGAUAUUUUGUAGCACUACCCCAGCCGGAAGUGUGACUCCAGGAGUAACUCCGUCCAUACGAACACCAAGACAGACGCCAGGAGCGACCCCUUUUUGAACAGAAUGACAGACGACAGAUCAAAAUCCGCUAAGCGACAUAAUAAAUUAUAUCGUACCCCACCCACUCCUCCUCCCGAGAAAUUAAUGAUGGAGGAAAGAGGUUUUGUACUUGACUGUAAUGCAGUCAGCAGCAUUUCUUCUGACUUUGCUAAAGCUAAUCCUAAACUAGGGCCAGUUAUUCCUCCUUAUAAUUCGCAAAAGGAUGAACAUGUUAGUAAUUAUUUCAAAUUUCAAGGCGUUGAUAAAACUCUAGAGAAAACAGGACAGGCUCCUCCAGGUACAUCUAUAAAUGGUCACGUGAUGGAUUAUUUUGAAGAACGUGGUCCAGGGAGUCAAUAUGUUAGCUUAAGAAAUGAAGCAGGGGCCGGAUAUUCGAGUGAAUUACGCGAUGGGCAUGCGCAAUUUAUGCAAGGAAUUAAACCUGCUAUUGGUUACAACGGUCAGUUUGGCUUCAGACGAAACACACCAUGGCUCCGGCAAAGUCCGUCCAAAUUCGGAACAGCGAGCAGAUCUCCAGCCCAUGAAAUAACCGUAGUGCCGCGUACCUCCGGGAAAACAGUGCAAGCCAAAUAAACAAUGUCUACCCUGUUAUAUCGUCUUUCUAUUUGUAAUCGGGGAUAAAAAAAAAUUCUCUUCCUUUCAUUGAAUCAUUUAAAUACGUUACUCAUUUUUACGUGCAUCAUGUAUUGCUCUGUAUGAUUUUUGAGGUAAAGUAAAACUUGAACUGAAGAUUUUGUUUCCUGUAGUCGAGUCAAGGACGAAUUCUGAAAUACUACUUUAUGAUUUUUUUUCUGUACAUACGUUAUCAUUAUAAAGUGAUGUUCAGUGUCUUUUUUUCAAGAGUACCGAUUUUUUUACUAUAAAUGUGCUGUUAGUAGUCAUAAAGUUUUGCAAACAUAAAAAAAUAUACAUGCAUCCACUUUGUUUUGAAAAUAAACAAACAUAAACGUGAAAGUGACUGUGUUAGAUGGCUUUUUUUUUCUCUUUUCUUUUUUUAAAUACAAGAAACUCUUUGGUCAUAGAUUAUGCUUUAUUUGAAAGGCUGUUCACCAGAAUAGUUCACAUGAAAAGUCUGUUAUUAUUUAAACAUUAUUUAAAAGAAUUCUGGGCUGCAGUAUUAACAAGAAUAAAUUAUACCUCAAACAUUAU